AUUUCGACAUUUAUCUUCGGUAAUCGAUAGUUACUACCCAGGUUCUUACCUACAGAAAGUAGCAAUGAUCUCUCUAGGACUAUCGAAUUAUUUAUGAUCGAAUGGAGAAUAUGUGUGUCUUGCCAUUCUCCUCUUCCCUUCUUCAUCAAUGACUACCUUUCUGGCCUUGCGGUACCGCCGUGCCACUUACCGUCACCUCUGCUCCCAUAACGAUGCUGCGCAGCUUCCCGAAGCCCUUCUCAACGUCUUAUUUGAUCGCUACUACGCCAUAACAAGGACUGCUGCUCGAUAUGGCUCCUCUGUCCCGGGGCCAAUGGAGAAUAGGAGGCGCAUAGGGAAAAGGCAUAUGGCAGAACUCAACUUUGGCCAGUCUCGCAGCGCCUCGCCAUUAUGGGCGCUCGAAAAUCUACCCGACCUCACACAAUGGAAAUGGAAGCCACCCUCAUCAUCCGAUGAACUGCUUCGACAAGAUAUAGCUAGGGAUGGAAAGCAAAGAGGCAUAGUGCAAUCUAUGAUGAAGUGGUUCGCUAGUAGUACAGAUCCAGCUCUAGCUCCAGCUCCAGAUAUUGCCUCGGUUGAUGUAGGGGAUUACUUAAUACACGAGCCAGAUGCUGCAGAACAGCCUUUGCAGAGAAUAGUCUGGAAUUCCCAAACCGGUCCAUCGGAAAUCAUUGAAACUGGACUCGAUCUUAUAUCUCGAGAUUUAUCGUCGGAUAUGACGGUCGUCAUAAAACCGAAUUUCUCAGACUUCCGCGACAGGUUCAGAGAAUGCUUAGCCAAUGGUAUUUUUUCUGGAGAGACCACCUGUUCUGUACUCGACGGUAUCUAUAAUGGGCUCGCGAUACUACAAUCGAAUACUGUUAAGCCUUUGGAACGAACGAUUGCCAAUCAAUUUAUGCUAGGCCUACUUACCACAACAAUCCUAGGGUUAUCUAAUAGCAGUAUACACAAACACAACGAUUCAGCUCACCUCAUCUGGGAAAAAAUCUUGCAGAUAACAUCAAAGCUACAGAUGAAUAGCCUUCGCAUAUUGACGGACUCUGUGUCCAAUAUACCAGACCAUCGCUUAGGCGACAUAUCUCCAUAUAUACUGUUAAAUUUGAAUGCCUAUUUAAUGGCUUCAGGACGCGAGAGGAAGCAUUCAUCAUUGGUCCGCCAAGCUAACAAGAUGGCUAAGUCUUUGAGAAGUCUUGAUCUAGCCAGUCACCCUCAAAUAUUAGAAUGCGGUACUUCGUACGUGUUAAAUUAUAUGGCAUCGAAUAGCGCCGGGUACUCGCAAGUACGUUUCAGUUGGCUGCAACUUUUGGCCAGGCUACCGAACGUAGAUUUCGACUCAUUGGUGGAAACAUGUUCUGUCCUUGAAAGUGGAAAACAUGCUGAGCCUCUCUCGAAUAAAGAGAUCUGCGAGAUGUAUCUAGCUAGACAUCGAUCUACAAUUAAGGAAGCGCCAACAGUACGCAAUAUGCUAGCGGAAGAAGUCCACGGCAACAAAGACUCUCGGUUUUAUGGCUUAUUUAGCAUGGCCUUCUGGCAAACCGGACAAUUCGAUCACGUCAAGGACUUUUGCAAAUUUCUCGAGAAGCUGGGCCGGGAUCAAGAUGUUAUGCGUCUUGCGAAAGGACUCCGGAACCUUGUGUCAAACGAGGUGAGACCACUAGCAAAUAUCGCCAUCGGGGGACGUCUGCCUCUACUAGCUAUAGAAAUUAUUAGCAUCUACGAGAAGAGUAGAGCUAGCUCUAGGCUUUUCUGGGAUUCUGAAUUUUCAUCCAAGGCCUUGAAACUUUUGAUGGAUUCUCCAUUCCUGAGACAAAUCGAAGUUCUCCGCGCGUUGCGUGUGAGAUGUCUAUCGAGGAGGAGACGAUAUCGGUACGGACUCGCCAGCAAGCAUGAAAUACAAAAGAUAACCCUGAAGGCGAUUCAAGCAGCGAGGGCGGUUGCCAUUUCGCCAGUCAUAACACCUAGGACCUCCCUGAACCUAAUCACACAAUGCAUAUAUUAUCUUCAGAGACUUCCCCGGGCCGUGGUACCAGUUCCAGUCUUGCGGGCUCUAUUACACAUUGUCACAAGGGAUCUCGCGCGUGGGGGGCCAGGCAGAACUGCCCGAAUACGUUGGGUUUUGGGAUUGUUACACAGGAACGUCGGCCGCGACCAUAUGGUACGGAUAGGGCUCGGCCUUAGGCGAUGGAGAGAGCUCAACUUGAAAGAGCUCAACGACCGGCGUCGCCGCGAGGGAGUUGGAUGGAGCGCCAGCUGAAGCUAAGAUAACUUUAAACCCUAAAGGAAUUCAGCUGCUGGGUCAUCUACAAGAGCAGGGCCGACUGAUACAGACCGAAUACGGAUCUUGAGAUCUGAAGCUUGUUCUGCAUGCACUCACACUUAGAUCCAUAAUUAGAACACCAAUAAUACCUACAUACAAAGCCAGAUGAUAAAGGGUUGUCGGUAUCACAAGCGGAGUUCUAUAAACUACGUAAUACUCGACUGAUUCUGACCGGGCUCGCUUCUUCAAAUAUCGGGAAGAAGGCUGUGAUUGGUAUCCUACAACUGCUUAAAGUUUUUUGUUGGAAGGAGUUGAGCUUAUUAUUACAUUGCCAUCGGUUACACGGCAGUUAGGGUGCCUACAGACAUGACGGAUUGGCGUUAGCCCCUCCUAUGUGGCCCCCAGAUAUUAUCUUUCCUGGGGCUUUAGGUACUAGGCUAGGUGCUGGGGGCGGGCUUAGCAAUAUUAACUCUACAUGACGAAGGAUUUGAUAGGGAUGAGGGGGGUAAUUGGGGGAUUAUGUUAAAUGCAUGUGGUCUUAUUCGGCUCUACUUUGAGAUUCUUCGCUUGUUGGAUAUCCUUAGAGGAUAGUCGGGAGGGCCGAAUGAGGCUAAGUGCCUAUCUUGGUAUGUGCUAUUCUAUUCAGCGCACUGUAAAUCUGUGACAAGCCAGCCAUUUACA